AUGUUGAGCCCCAGCACCUCCCUGCAGUAUCUGCACCUCUCGGAGCAGUCGACCUCUGCCUCUGAACCUGAUGCAGAGGCACUCGCAGCAGCCUCACACACGGCAGAGGCGCUGGGCUGCGGGGCGCUGAAGGCGGUGAAAUGCGACUCCUGUGGCAGCGAGGAGGUGGUCAAGGGCCGCAGCUUUGCCGAGCGUGGGCAGAAGUACUGCCAGGAGUGUUGGAACGCCUGGGAGCGCUGCGGCUGGUGGUGGCCGUCGAUUCGAGUCGCUACGUGUCCACCGCCGGUGGGGCCGGAUGGUUUGGUGCGUGUGCAUGCUGAGGAUGCAUACUUCCUCCCAAGCUUCCUGUGCGAUGCGGAAGAUGAGUCCGUGAUGGCAGCCUUGCAGUUGGAGUUGGAGACUGAGGGCAAGGUCAUGUCGGACUGGCAUGGCGCGCGGCACCUAGGUUUACAGUUUGAGAAGGGCUUGGAGCCUGGAGAAGAGUCCUUGCGUGCGAAACUGGUGCAGAAAAUGGAGAAAGCCUUCGGUGUGAAGGCUUCGGCUGUGCGGCUGAACAUCUAUCGCUCCAACAAGGACUACAAGCCACUGCAUUAUGACCGUGGCAGUGACGCGGAGGGCGUCCCACAGCUCACGGUGGGUGCAUCUUUUGGGUGCACGCGAGAGCUCACCCUGAUGCAUGUGAAGUCUGGUGUGACUAUGUCCUUCCCUCAACGGAACGGCGACGUCUUCGCCUUCACGCCCGAGCUCAACGAGGUCUUCAUGCACGGCGUGCCGAGGGUGAUGCCAAACUCACCGAGCGCCUGCGAACCCGACGACGCCCCACGGAUGUCGCUGAUCCUCUGGGGUCGGCAAGGGAUGGGAAGCUCGUCGAGCGCCUUCUUCGCGCAGAAUACCUCCUUUAGGCAGCGGGGCAUCAUGUCCGAAGUGGUGAAACCCCAUAGGCGUCAGGAGGUGGACUCCUGCAAGUUGGGCCCCGAGGAGCUCGGCACCUGCUGCAGCACUCUACGGAAGUCAGCCAGUGCCACCAGCUUUAGCCUCUCAGAUCGUUUGCGCGCCAAAGCGCAAGAGGCCGAGCCACACACGCCGCGGAAGGUCUUCCAACCGGUGGAACCCAAGGUCAUCGAAGUCUAUGCCCACAAGCCAGGGGAUCGGCCUCGGAAGGUGACCGUGGAGCGACGGCGGAAGUGGUUUGAAGCGUUGGAUGUGGAGAAUCUGCUGGAGGAGCGGAACUGCAACUUCUCACCCAACUGGGAUCGUGAUUUCUGGCUGCAGCUGGAUGACUUCAACAACAUCGAGUAUGACAUCCGAACUCCCGAGCAGUGGCUGGAGUUGGGACAGCAACCUGACGGUAGCUUCUUGCCACUGCAGGCCAAGGCGAUGCGCUUCCAUGAGACAAAGGGCUCUGUUUGGGAGGACUGCACAGUGGAGGGCUUGAAGGACCUGCAAGAUGGCAAAGGGAACAAGGACUUUUUGGUCCGGUGGAACUCCAACCCUCGCGGGGACUUGGAGCCCGUGGGCCGGCUGAGAAUUGUCCUUCAGGGCGAAGAUCCAGAGGUGUUCGCCGACCGGAUCGCCUAUGCGUUUGAUGCGCUACAAAAGGCUCAGGCGAGGAUUCGCUUGAACUUCUUCAUAGAUAACAUGCCCGUGGAUGACAUCCAGACGCUUGACGAGGACCAGGCAUGUUGCACGGGUGCUGACCUCAGCCUGGGCUUACCGCUGCCCCAUGCGGGAGAGGAUCAGUUGAAGCCUGAAACCUUUUGCAACACCUUGGUGCGAGAGGCUAAUCUGGACUUUGCACGGACGAUGCUCGGGAACAAGAUCAUCCUCAUGAGCGAUCCGCAGGUGCAGAAGCCGCCGGGUUACCGCUACCAGGCACGGCUUCGACAGCGGGGAGGCGGACUCAGACUCCAGACCUUGGUCCGGAGUCACCAGAUCACCAGAUCUCCGCCCACUGCAGGGUGGAUCUUCAGCGGUCUGGUCGCCUUGCGAUUUGGGCCAUGGCAAGUCAGGGCACCCAGUCAUGACAAGAAGGUGAGCUUGGCCAAUGCAAAGGCUGCCAUUGAGGAAGCGGUGAAGAAAGGAGCUGAGGUGGUGGUGCUGGGCGAGAUGUUUAGCUGCCCCUACGCCACGAAGUACUUCUUCGAGUACGGGGAGCGGCUGCCUUUGCCAGGCCAGUUGGCCUCUGACAGCUCUCCCAGCGUCAAGCUCCUGUGCGAGAUGGCGCGGGAGCAUAAGGUCUGGAUCUUCGGGGGGUCACUGCCUGAACUGGAGGGGGACAAGGUGUACAACACCACCCUGGUGCUGAACCCGGAGGGCGGCAUAGUGGCCAAACACCGAAAGGUACAUCUCUUUGACAUCGACGUAGCAGCGACCGCUACCAGGGCUGCAAUCAAGUUCAAGGAGUCGGACGUGCUCUCCGUUGGAGAGUCCAUGACCUUGGUGGAUUUGCCUUGGUGUCGCGUAGGUGUGGGCAUUUGCUACGACUCCCGCUUUCCAGAGCUGGCUUUGGCCAUGCGCGCAGAGGGCGCGAAGGUCUUGGUCUAUCCGGGUGCCUUCAACAUGACCACUGGGCCCGCCCACUAUCAGCUUCUGGCGCGCGGACGGGCGGUCGACACCCAAUCUUAUGUGGUGUUUUGCUCUCCAUCUCGAAGCCCGGACAAGAAUGACUACCAGGCAUGGGGCCACUCCCAGUUGAUCAAUCCAUGGGCGGAAAUCGUCGUGGAGGCGGAACACGAGCCGGGCGUGUGGGUGGUGGAAGUGGAUCCCAGUGAAGCCGACCGGAUCCGCGAGCAGGUGCCGACCUCCUAUCAGAAGCGCGGCGAUCUCUAUGCGCCCUACGCGUGUCUCGGAGAGACGAGCCGAAGCCGUUCUGGCAGAUGCCCUGGUUUGGGAGAUCCCCGGGAUUUCAAGGUGUUCGAUCAUAUUCGAUCUCUUUGCUCCUUGGAAAAUGAGACUUGCAGGUUUUUGUUGCGGGAUGCAAGCCAGUGGUUGUCAGCUUCACUCUCGGGGUAUGCUAGUGUCUUGGGGAUGGUACGUCAAUAGUAAGAGAUCCACAGUGAAAUAUGACGAAGAGCUGUGUUGACCAUUGUUGACCCAUGAAUACGUUUAUACAAGCUCAGAAGAGGAAGGAGUUCAGAAAGGGAUGCUUGUAGGUUGAAUCGAGUAUUGGCCAGGUAGCGUGGUUCAAUCAGUCCAUGUGAACGGAACCAGAACCCCAGCUCGCAUCUCUUGCAUCGGGACUAGAUGGUUCAAAUGCAUCCGUGUGGCACGGAAUGGCAUCCGACACGCAUCGUUUCGCAUCGUUUCGCUUUGCCGAUUCCAACCGCUUCAGACGCCUUGAUCUCGGGUCCACCGCUCUUGCGAGCCGGGGAGCCGGGCCCACCGUCUCAUCCGACGGUGGCGGACGGUGGGGUUCCCCCCCACGUCGAGACCGCGCAGGGAACUCGAGGAUGUGAAGAGGAGACGUGGUGACAGCAGCUUGUAGACGAUUCUCC